GAAGAGCAGGAUUCUCGAACCUCUCCUGAACGUAAUUUCGAUCCUUCUUUUCUCGACACUUCCAAUUUAUUGGCCUCCUGCUUUGUGCCUUUAGAGUCCACUCUGGGUUCUUCAUUGCAAGAUUCAACCGAUAGCCGCCCUCAGUUAGUUGCAAAUAUAUCUUGUGAAUCUUCCCCAGCCCACGGAGCACACAAGUCUUGUGAGAUAACGAAUGAUCCUUCGGCUGAGGUAUUGCCUUCCUAG